AUGCACUCGCGCUUCAUGCUUGCGGGCUUGUGCUCCAUCUCAACAACUUUUGAUGGGGUCAUUGGGCCAGCGAUUGAAGGCGGUGCAGAAAGGGGUGGUAUUGGACUCAGUCAUACACCGCCAGUUGCACUUGCUCGACAGGACCCUGCUGGUGAUGGGGAACAGCUAACCUCAGGAGUCGCUCAAUUUGAUUUCCCCGAGACGUCCACAACUGCAGCUCUUGCCGAUGAAGACCAGAAACGAAGAUUUCUCUUUGGAAAGCCAAUCCCACUGGAGACCCCAAUAAAAACCAACAAGAUGAAAACAACUGGUGAUGGGAAAGAGCGACCAUCAAAUUCUGCUUGGGUUGAUGUCCCUGAGACAUUCACUAGUGCUGUGGCUGUUCCCGAUGGCAGACAGGGACAAGAAUUGCCAGACAACCCAAUCCAACUGUACACUCCAGUGGAAGCCAACAAGCUGACUACCAUUAAUGAUGGGGAAAAUCAGUCAUCAAAUGUCGCUCCAAUUGAUAUUUCCAGGACGUCCACUAGUGUAGGUCGGUCCGAUGGAUAUCAAGAACGAGAAUUGCUUUUUGAAGAUCUAAUCCAUUUGGACACCCCAGUGGCUGGAAACAGCGGUGGGCCGCUACGCUACACUACGCUACGGGCCCAUGUAGCGUUAGCGUAG